AUGGCCGGUCCAUCAUGCAGCCUGCGCAGCGGCAAGAGAUGUAUGGUGCGAAUCGGAAGCAGAAAAGAGCGGCGAUCGCGUAAGAAGAUUCCCGGCAGUUGCACUGCCUUUGUACGCGUCCUCGUUGACUUGGGUGGGCAGAUGUACCGCGUGCCGGCAGAGCAAGAUCAAGUGCUCGGGCGACGAGCCGUGCGCCAAUUGCCGACGACGAUCGCUGGACUGUCAGUUUGCAGAGGGAAACAACAAAAUCCUAGUUUCCGAAAGGUGUGCGCGAUCUGCGAAGCCCCGUUCUCCUUUUUCAUGAAACAGGCAUAUAAUUGGCAGCGGGCCACCGGUGUUAAGCGUCCCCGAGAGGAUUGUUUUCGGUUCGAUGAGGAUCUGGACCCAGGGCAUGUCGUGAAUGAUUUUGGGUCCGCGGCAGAACUUCUAGACCCCAGGGCUGGCGAGUCUCCAGCGUCGCCUGCAGCCAAUUUAUCAUGUACCAUCUGGGCGAGUCCCUUCACGCUUCCUACGACUGUCAUCAAGGACAAUCAUCAGGAGCAAAGAAAUUGGAUUUGGUUGGCCCCAUCCUCGGCCUGGUCCCUCACAGCUCGACUGAUCGUGAUGAUGACAGAGAAGCUCGACGUUGAUUCUGUCAGAGAGCCUCCCCGGUUUUACUUAGACGGGGAUAUCUAUCCUUUUGCGUGGAACCGUGUUACGAAUCUGGACCCUAUCGACACGAGUGGCUUACCUUCCCGAGAUUACGCUCUCCAUCUUUUUCAAAUAGUUCGGUUUCACCUGGGUCAAGCGUACCGAUUUUUUGAUCACGAUUCAUUCGUCACCCGAAUCCGUCAAUUUUACAAUAGUCGCGCGGAUGAGAAGGUUGUUCAACCUCGCUUCUGGUUCGUUCAGUUUCUCAUGGUCCUGGCGCUCGGCAAUGCAUUUCUGUCGAGGCCUCGUAACCAGGAUUACCCUCCUGGUUCAAAAUACUUUGCACGUGCCAUGUCUGCAAUGCCGAACUAUACAUGUACCGGAAAGGAUAGUCUGCUAGCCAUUGAGGCGCUGGCACUGGUUGGGCUGUACUUAUACGCGAUUGACCACAGAGAAGCCGCCCAUGUUCACAUUGGUCAUGCUGUACGAAUAGCACAGCUGGAAGGGAUGCAUACCCAGCUUCCUGAGGAAGUUCUUGGGGCUGAGACGGUCGCCCGAUGUCGGAAUCUCUGGUGGUCUCUGUACACCAUGGAUCGUCAUUUCUCUCCAUCACUGGGACUUCCAAUGACUACCAAGGACAGUGAAAUCACGACAUUGAUCAGCUCGUCAAGCUCAGAUCCUCCUGACCUUGCGUUUAGUCUACAGGUAAGGAUUACACGGAUGCUCUCGUUUAUUAUUUGCACCAUCUACAAGACGGAAAAAACUCCCCUUGGCACGUUUUUAGAGAUAACACGCAGUAUACUGGAGACUAUGGCCAGGUACGCGGAAGAGAUCGAGAAGAUGAUCCAUGUCAGCUUCCAGGGCUCCAUAGAUAAUGUGUCCGAAGAGACACGUCAUACAAUCCUAUUAUAUCAUCAGUGUGUGAUCGUUGCCACCAGGCCGCUGCUUCUGUCCGUCCUCAAGGAAAGGCUGGAAAAGCUUGGUCGAGCAGAAGAAGAUUGGCAGAAGUUCUUGGCUCUUCCCAUAUCCCUGAUAUCUAUUGGUAUCAAAUCUGCCGAGAAGACUCUCCAGAUAAUCGGCGAUGAAAACGGCCUUCUUGAAACCUUCCUGCCAUUUGACCUUGAAAUGACCUACGCGGCCGCUAUUCAUUUGACCAUGGCAAAUGCGCUGUUUCCUCCCGAGACGGACGUUCGGCCAUAUAGUCAGGCUGCUCAUUCAAUUCUCGACGAAAUGAUUCUUUGCGGGAACCGCGUGGCAGAAGCCCGAAAGCGGGAAUUGAUCCGUAUCGAAGGCCUUUUCCAAGAGCUGGCCAGGCGAGUUGAGCAAGAAGGCCUUCGAAUUUUGACCUUGGCGGAUCAGGGACUUUCAGAAAUAGUACCCCUCAAUAUUCCUGACGAGCCCCAGUCAAGAGAAGUCGCUAUGACGGAAUCCGCGAUGGUGCUUCCGUCUUCGGCGCGAGAUAAUCGGCCAUCUUCGGCAGACACGUCUGCUCCAGCUAACAUUGAAUUCCUCGAUAGUAUUGGUAUCUCUUCCAAUGAGUUUCUCACCAUUGUGGAUCAGAUCAAUAAUCCAGGGAUGCCGUAUGGAGCCUUGGAUGUAAGACCAGAUUGGCUGACAGGAGAUGAUCCGACUACUUACUCAUUUGGCUGA